CGCGACAGUCGCCGACGUAGCGUCUCUUGCUCGAAGCCAGUUUCGCGCUCUCCGUUGCACAGCUUGGCUGACUGGUUCUGCUUCCUUUGGAUUGGGACGGUUGGAUAGUUGGCUCUUGCCGGUUUUGUCCCGACGCGGCCAUAAUGCCCUCGUAGCACAGCGCCUCGCCAUAGUAGUCGCCACCGCCGUCGCCGCCGCCGCCGCCGCCACCGCCGCCAUUAUAGAUCCCGUUGUGUGUGACCGAGCCGUGGGACGCUCACUGUUUUCCAUCGGAAAGCUCGAAUUUACAACUUGUGUUUUGAAAUUUCGUGAUUCUCGUGGUACCUGUCGCCCUCAAAGCAAUGAAAACGUACAGCAGAAAGAAGGGCGACAGCCCGAGCAACGUCAUUAUUCAUGUGAACGAGCUGUGCCGACUGUGCUUGGCCAAGGAGGAAGAGAUGGUGCCGAUUUUCGACGACGACGCCGUGCCCCUGCCUCUGCGAAUUAUGGCCUGUGUUCAUCUCGAGGUUUACGAAGAUGAUGGACUUCCCAACAUGAUUUGUCAUCCGUGUAAAUACCAACUGGAAAAAUCGUAUCAGUUCAAGAAAAAAUGUGAAGCAGCUGAUACAAAACUCAGGAAACAUAUGAAAUUGAUUCAGCAACUUACUGGACACGAAGAGGAGGAAGAACGUGAAGAGGGAGCUGAACAGGACUCUAAAGAUGCUUCUGGUAGCGGGAAAUCAAAACAAGUAAAACAGCUUUUGGCUGAUUUGGUAUCAAGUAAGGGUGACAGUGGCCAGGCUGAUGGAGAUCCUAUCCAAGUUACCGAAGAAGAACUCGUUGGAGGAUAUAUCCUUGGAAUGGCAUCAGAGAAUCCUGAAAUGGAUGAGACCAUGUCUGAAGGCCCUGAGAACAUUACCCUGAUACCUGCAGAAGAAAGAACAGCAAAGGCACGCUGCACCAUACGCACUACGCGUAUAAAACAAGAACAUGAAUCAGAAGACGAAGCUGAGGAAGUGCAACGUGCAAUUGCUAAUGCAGAUCACAAGAAUGUCUAUAUGAUGGAGUUGACAAGCAACAGUUCUGGCCAGGGCGAGUCUCUGAAGCUUCAACCGAUACAUCAAACGAUAACUGGCAGCGAGGAACUGAAAGUAUUUCAGUGCGACAAGUGCCCUAAAGCAUUUACACGAAGAAUAAUGCUAAAGAGUCAUCAGUCUGUGCACUCGACUCAAAGAGGAUUCACGUGUCAGGCUUGUGAGAAAUGGUUCCCCACUCGGUCAGCUUUAAUAAGACAUGAGAGAACUCACACAGGUGAAAAGCCCUUUGGCUGUAACAUAUGUCAUCGCGCCUUCGCCCAAAAGGAAAUUCUCCUGCGUCACUUGAUGACGCACUCUGGCCAAAAACCGUUCCAGUGUCAGCACUGCGAGAAGAGUUUUACACAACGCGAGGCCCUCAAAGUACACAUGCGUCGCCAUCAAAAAUUGAAUCCAAACGAUAUUCAGCUGCAUCACUGUCAGCUCUGUCCGAAAGCUUUCUGCCACGCUUCCGGUCUGAGCAGACACUUGGUCACGCACACGGGCAGGACUUACAAAUGUGUCGAGUGCGAAAAAUCAUUCACGGAUAAGAGCUCACUCCUGAGGCACAGUCGCAUUCACGCACCCAAAAAAUUGAUUACGAACUGAAGGCCUGAAGUAAUUGUAAUCUAAUAAUAUCAAAUAAGUCGACAGACGAUGAAUCAUGUUCAUCAAUUUAUUUUACGCUAAGAAUCGCGUUAUCUAUACAUUUGCACGAGGGUUCUCUGCACACAUAGAGUAUCUCUAACAUUCGGUAACUCGAGGAGUCUGACGAACGUUUUUUCUUACUUUUGUUAAAAAUUCUUUAUUUUUUAGGAGAUUGCUAGAUUUUUAGAUGGGGUUACUUGAAUAUAUUUGAGGGACUGAUAAGAUCGCUAAAGUCAUGGUACGUAACAGGAUCAUUUAUUCAGUUUAAAAAAGAAAAGAAGAAUCCAAAUGAAUUAUGUAACUGCGUGACUUUAGCUAUCUUCCUGAUUCCUUAAAGGAAAAUACAACUCGGUCCCAGGACCAAAAUAAAUUUAUUUUUAAGCGCUCGCGAUUGUGUUAACUUUACGGUAAAGUGGGAUACAAUAAAAGCAUUUUUAUCCGCGAAGACUUUCUUAAUCGGUCAUCACUGAAAUGUUUGUGCACUUAACUAUUAAUAGCACCGUACAAUUAAUCCUUUUUUUCGUACUAUUUUGCCUUCUGUAUUUUCAUGCAAUGGGACCGAUGAGUGCGCUGAACAGAAGAUUCAGGUAUCACGUACCUUCAUCGAUUUAUCGUGUAUAUAUCUAUAAAUAUGAGAGUUUUUAAGCUACUCAGCUGAAAAAUUUCCGAAAGAAAAAAAUAUACUGAGAAAAGUUAUACGAGGAAAGAACGUAAGCCGGAAAUUUCCCUGCUGUAUAGGCAAUAUGUAUAUUUAGUAUAACCGUGGUAAUUUUUAUGUCAUUCGAAUACAAAAACGUGUACUUGUCUGUAGAAACGCGUAAUUGUAAUAAUAAAACUAUUAUUGUGUAA